GAUGUUGUAAUGCAUAAUAUUUGCAUGGAUGAUUCCCAUCUGGCUUAUUGAGUCGGGAAAAAGGAUAUAGUCUUCGUUAUCAAACGUUCGAUUCGUUGGAACUGGAAACGCUAGGCGACAUAUAGGAAAUGGAUGAAAGUCCAGAAAAUGUUGACAACGAUGACAUUGUCAUUAUUGUAGAAAACGAGGCAGAGAGUUUGCCUGCCGAAGAUGAGAGACUCAAACAACAGGGAACCUUCGGUCUCAUGGACACUUGUCCCAUCUGUAAAUUGAGCUUUCACAAUCGAGAGCCUAAGCUUCUGCCAUGCCUUCACUCUUUUUGCAAGAAAUGUCUGCCGUCCCCGUUCAGAAGUGCCGACCCCAGACGUGACCUACAAGCUUACGUUGACAACAACAAACAACUGGGUGCAAUACGAUGCCCAGUCUGCAGACAGGAAUGCUGGGAGAUGGACGUGUUGGAUAACUUCUUUGUCAAGGACUCCGCUGAGGUGCCCAGCAGCACAGUGGAGAAAACCAGCCAGAUCUGCAUGAGCUGUGAUGACAACACAGAGGCAACAGGCUACUGUGUGGAGUGUGUGGAAUUCCUGUGUGUGACAUGUAUUGAGGCCCAUCAAAGGGUCAAGUUCACCCGAGAUCACACCAUAAGACAGAAGGAGGAGUUGUCGCCAGAGGGAGUUGGGAUGUCCACACAGAGACCCGUGUUUUGUGACGUCCAUAAGCAGGAGCCACUGAAGCUAUUCUGUGAGACAUGUGAUCGGCUCACCUGCCGAGACUGCCAGUUGCUUAAGCACAAGGAUCACAACUACCAGUUUCUAGAGGAUGCUUACAGGAACCACAAGCAAUAUCUGGAGAACAUGACACAACAGCUACAGGAGAAGAGGAAGGCAAUUGAAGAGGUCUCCACCUGCAUCAACAGCGGGCUUCAGCAAGUUGAUGAAAACAGGAAGACUGUUACCAACGAAAUCAAGAAAUCCAUCUGCAACCUGAUUAUGGAGAUCAAUAGGAAGGGAAAGAUUUUGGUCAACCAGCUUGAAGCUCUGACCAAGGACCAUGAGACAGGGCUGAAAAGGCAGCAGGAGGAUGUCAGCUCUCUGACCAGGCACCUAGACCAUGUUAUCAACUUCACCAAGUGGGCCACAGCCAGCCACAGUGGCACUGCUCUCCUCUACUGCAAGAGAUUGAUCCUCUUUCAGAUUCAUUACUUGAUGAGGGCAAACUGUAAUCCAUCGAUUGUCCCCCAGAGCUCGGUACGUUUCCAGUGCCGCUCCGGCUUUUGGGCCACAAACGUAGACCUGGGUUCUCUGGUAGUAGAGAGGGCCCCAGGUCGACCACCGCUAUCCAACCAGCAGGUAGGCCUCAGAGUAGAAGGUCCUCCUGGGGGUCCGUCAGCCUCAGCUCAGCAGCAGCAGCAGCAGCGCCAGAGCACUCUGGCCCAGCUCCAGAUGCAGGUGGAGAAGCUGGCCCAGCCACCCAACAGGCAACUCCCCCCCAACCACUGGUCCUGGUACCAGAAUGUCAGGCUGCCAGGGCCCCCUGCCCCCCCGCCCCCAACCAGGCCCAUCCAGGGGGGAUCCUCCCCAUCCCAGGGUCCCUCCAGCCUUGGGCAGCAGAGCCGCAGGUAUGGAAGCACCCACCCCAACCCCAACCCCAGAAGCCCCACCUCUUCCAUGCUUCAAAACACGGGAUUCCCACAUCAAUCUCUGAGAGAGCUGAUCCAUAGUUCCAACUUCCCUCCCAAACCCAUUGAUGGGCUGCAGGGAACAUCCCGCUACCCACACCCUCUCCCCACCGGAGCAGCUGCACAAAAUACACUUCACCAGCGUGGCCUAAUGGAUCCCUCCUUCUUGAAGAGGAGUGAGGCUAGCGGCUCCAUCCCCUCCAUUACCAUCUCCAUCCCCAAGCCCAGCUUCUCUUCAAAUGUGGCUUCAGCCACUGUAGAUAGAACAACUCAAGGAGGACAGAGUUCCCCGACGGCCAAACCGUCCUCUUCAGACAGAAGCACGGGGACAAAUACUUGGAAGCAUUCUUCCGAGCCGCCAUCCGCCCCUUCUGUCAAACGACGACGAAGGACAUCCCCGGGCCCCAUCAUCGUCAUCAAGGACGAGCCAGAGGACGAGGAUGAAGUUCACUUUGUGCAGUCCAGUAUUGGGGCGAGCUUACCGGACAGCAGCACUGGGGUGCAGUCAAAGCCCCAGCAGCAAAGGGUGUCCUCCCCGGAUACAGCCCCAGGUCCCGACCCCAGCGGUGGGCAAAAACAGCAGCAUCAGUCCCAGCAAGAGGCGACGCUGGAGAAGAGAGCGGAGCCGGAGGAGGACCCCAACGAGGACUGGUGUGCCGUGUGUCAGAAUGGAGGAGAGCUUCUGUGUUGUGACAAGUGUCCCAAAGUUUUUCAUCUUGCGUGCCACAUCCCCACACUAAAUGAGUCCCCCAGUGGCGAGUGGUUCUGCUCGUUCUGCCGUGACCUCAUCUCCCCCGAGAUGGAGUACAACUGUGACAACAAAGAGGCGACAAAGGAGGAGCCGGGCUCUGAUGGAUUGCCAACUGUGGAAAAAAGGAGAUGUGAGAGGCUGCUGCUUCGUAUGUUCUGCAAUGACUUCAGCACAGACUUCCAGCAGCCUGCUUCUCCAUCGGAGACGAAGAAGUACAAGGAACUGAUCAAGUGUCCAAUGGACUUGUCAAUUGUGAAAAAGAAGCUGGAGACAAAGUCAAAGGUGGAUGAACAUUACGACAGCCCUGAAGAGUUUGUUGCGGAUGUCAGGCUUAUAUUCUUUAACUGCGCAAAGUACUACAAGUCAACCUCAGAGGUGGGGUCUGCCGGACUCUACCUGGAAGACUACUUCGAGGAGCAGCUGAAGCUUCUUUACCCGGACAAGAUCUUCCCCGGAGGAAGGGAGGAGCGGAUGAUCCCCCCCCUGGAGGACGAGAUAGAGGAUGAAGAAGAGGUGGGGGCAGAGGGAGGAAUGGCUCCUGUCGAGGAUGUGGCAGCAGUGGCCAGUCCAGCGGUGGAAGGUAUCCCUCCUGUGGAGGAGGACCUUGCCACCCAGGAAGAAGAGGGGCCUUUGGUAGAAAGCGAGAAGGGUAAGACAGAGGAGAAGGGGAUCGUCACAGGUGAAGGAAUGACACCUGAGGAUGGCGGGGCGCCUCUUACAGAGGUGGUAAAACAGGAGGUGAAUGUUUCUGUGAAUGACAGUGCAGCGGCUGAAAUCGAGCCUGCAGACACGCAGCCAGAGGACACCCCGCCUGAGGAGCUCUCUCAGCUACCGAUGGACAGCGAUGAUGCCAAGCCCUCUGACGCUGAGCCAACCCCGGCCAGCCCAGCCAAAGAACAGGAAGGAUAGGCUGACAAAGGGGGGAAAAAAAUAGAUGAAUAAAACUGUCAUCAAGCUGAAUGGUUUCAGUCUUCCCCAAGAGUGGCCCGUAAAGACAAACACAGGCCUGCAUUUGCUGCAAUCUUGACACUUGUUUUGUACUCUUUAAAUUGCAAUAGGAAAAAGGUACUGCAAUACUGGAUACAUUUAUGUAGCGGCUUAAAUACAUGCACACCGAAUACAAUUUACACUUAUUGUUUUUUGGGGUUUUUUGUUGUUUUUUUUUUGUUGUUUUUUUUUGUUUUUUUUUUGUUUUUUUGUUUUUGUUUUUUUUUUUUGCUUGACCGGUUAAAGUUGUAAUUAAGUACAUGAAAUUAUUUUCUUUGAUGACUAAAAAGCACACAGAUGAUAUCCUUUGUGGAUAGGGUGUAUUUUAAUUUAUUAUGAGGACUUAUGAACAUUACAUUGCCAUAUAAGUAGGCAUAAUUGAUUUAUCGGAAACACAACUUUGAUUAGUAACUGCAUGCAUAAAGUUUGAAAUAAUAUAAUUAAUCAUUUUUUCCAUUCUCUUAUAUUUAUGGACUUAAGCUCACUUUCAAUAUCUACAGUAUUUGGGAUAUAGAUGGAUAGCAAGGUCUGUUUAUGUUUUAUUGCAAUGUAUUGUGUGAUUUUAGUUGAAUAUGCUAUGUAACAUGUAGGGAUACUGCAGUUUGUGUAUAGAAUGGAGUGUUAUCUUGUUGGAUAUGGAUAAAAAGACAGUUUGGAAAAUGGCACUGCU